CUCUCUCUCUCUCUCUAUAUUUAGCAUGCAAAAGGGAGGAGGAGAUUGCAAGCACACCCACCGCCACAAGCUUCUCCUCCUCCGUUCCACUAUAUGUAGCUUUGCAGGCUCUCUCCCCUCUCAUCGAUCCUUCUCUUCCUUCCCCUUAUAUACACCCCCAACUCUGUAGGCACCUGCAACGAUCACCAUCCAGCACAAAGCAGAGGAGAAAGAGGAGAGAGGAGGGAGACGACGAUGACCUACGUGAAGCCCUUCUUUUGCCUGGGGAUUGCUUCCCUUCUUCUGGUCUCCGCCUGCGCCCAUGAUUUCAUCCAAUUUGGAUACGGCGGAGCAAAUGGACCAGAUAAAUGGGGAAGCUUGAGCUCAGAAUACCAAUUGUGCUCUCAGGGGCUCCACCAAUCCCCCAUCAACAUCGUCAAGAAUGCGACGGCCUACAACCAAAACCUGGGUCCUCUUACCAGGGAUUACGUCUCCACCAAGGCUUCCCUCGUUAACAAUGGCUUCGGCAUUGAGCUGCGAUACCAGGAAUCUGCCGGGAAAGCAGUGGUGGAUGGCAAGAGCUACAGCCUGACGCAGAUGAUUUGGCAUUCACCUUCCGAGCACUUGAUCGAUGGAGAACGGUUCCCGGUGGAGCUUCAGCUGAUCCACAAGAGCGACGACGGCAACAUCGCGGUCGUCGCCAUCAUGUACGACUACGGCCACCCCGAUGCCUUCCUCCUCCAGAUCAAGGAUGAGAUGGAGAAACUGGCCAUGGAACAGUGCUCGGCAGACCAAGAAGCGCAGAUCCCGCUCGGUGUCGUCCAAACCAGGGCCUUGAAGCGCCGCACUCGCAAGUACUUCCGAUACGUCGGGUCUCUCACCACGCCCCCCUGCACCGAGAACGUCACAUGGAACAUCCUCGGCAAGGUGAGGGAGAUGACCAAGGAGCAGGCGAACUCGCUUCAAGCGCCUCUGAGCCAGAAGUACCGCUACAACGCGAGGCCGGUGCAGCCGUUGAACGGCAGGUGCGUGCAGCUCUUCGACGAGACCCAGCGUAACAAGAAGCCGUCUUGAUGCUACGGCGCGUGAGAGCUUGGCGUGCCUCUCCUUCUUCCUCUGCAUUGAGUUGGAGAUGCGUAUGAAAUAUGAGUACAACUUGCGACGUCGUCUUUUAGCUAACACAGAUUACUGUGGCUAAAAUGUACUCAAAUUCCGUUUGUGUUGCUAAUAUACAUCGAGAAUAAAGCUUUGAAUUGUGGUUUAA